AUGUCUUCUACUACUCGUGCUAUAGCUCAAGUAGCUGGUAAUGCUGAGCGUGCGGCUGCUACUAAGCUCAGGAAUCAGGAGCUUGGAAAACGCACUCUAUAUCUCAAGGUAUCGCGUGCACCAGUCAGCUUCAAUGAGAGGCGCUCUAUCUUGAGGACACUCGAGCAGCAUGGCCCAGUCGAGUUCUUCAAACUCAUGCCGGGCCAAGCCUCCCUGUUUGUGUCUGUAAUGAAGGACAGCGAAGGUGUCGUCAAAGCUGUGUCGUCCAGCCCAAUCACCGUCAAUGUCCCUACAUCUACCACGGAGCCGUCCUCAUUUGUGCACAUGAAGGGUAUGGCAGCACAGUUCGAACACCAGGAAUCCUCAAACUUACAGAGCACCGAGUUCGUUGUCGAUGUGACAGAGUCUCCCAAAUAUAAGCAUCAAGGUAGCUCCAACUCGCUUCUCAACCGAGUAUGGCCAAAAUUCGUUGAAAAGGAUCAUUCCUUUGCGUCGACAACUCUGCAACACUCACUUCCCGACAGCAUAGCAGCUGGAGGGUUAAGACAUUGGAACUUGGAUUUUGGAAAAGAAGCGACAAAGGAUUCCAAGAUGGUUGAGAGGUUACAACUGCGGGAUUGGAUCCCAAGCAAAAUAAAGGAAUCAGCAAAAACACCAAAGCAAAGCAACCAAUCCAAGGCGCAGGAAGCAACAAAUGACGAGCAAGAAGUCCAGAGCAGCUCUGACAGUAUCCGUACAUCCUACUGA